AUGUUCGCACGAGCAACCUUCCGUGCUGCAGCGCCAGCAAAGCAGUCCUUCCGAACCUAUUCAUCGAAGACUUCGACUCCUCAGUCAACUGCGACGCCAUGGAUAGUCGCAGGAGCAGCUGCAGCUUCGGGUCUCUUUGGCUACACCUAUCUGGGCAACCAACGGCACCCUGUUCAUGCUGAGGCCCAGGCUGGCGACACCUCGUCGUCAACCAAGAAAGCUUUCACAGGAGGCGACCAGGGCUUCAUUUCCCUCAAGUUGAAAGAAGUCAAGCCUUACAACCAUGACACAAAGCGAUUCAUAUUCGCUCUUCCAGAGGAGGACAUGACAUCUGGUCUACCCGUUACAUCUGCGGUAAUUACAAAAUACAAGAGCCCUGAUGCCGAGAAGCCUACGAUACGUCCAUACACACCCGUCAGUGACGAGGGCGUCCAAGGCCACAUGGAUCUGCUUGUCAAGAUGUAUCCCAAUGGUCCCAUGUCCACCCACUUGCACGACAUGAGCCCUGGUCAAACCCUCGAUAUCAAAGGACCUAUUCCAAAGUAUCCCUGGACUCCCAACAAGCACAACCACGUCGCUCUUAUCGCAGGUGGUACCGGCAUCACACCCAUGUUCCAACUCAUGCGCGCAAUUUUCAACAACCCAGAGGACAAGACCAAAGUGUCAUUGAUUUUCGGCAAUAAAACCGAAGCAGAUAUUCUGCUACGAGAAGAGUUUGACAAGCUCGAGAAAGAGUACCCCCAAAGAUUCAAGACAUUCUACACCCUGGAUACGCCACCCAAGGACUGGCCACAUGGUAAGGGAUUCGUCACAAAGGACGUGCUUGAACAGGUCUUGCCAGAUCCAAAGUCAGAAAACAUCAAAGUCUUUGUCUGUGGUCCUCCACCUCUAUACAAGACAGUCUCUGGACCCAAGGUUAGCCCUACCGAUCAGGGCGACCUUAGUGGUAUCUUGAAGGAACUGGGAUACUCGAAAGAGCAGGUCUACAAGUUCUAG